GCCGGCCCCUGUCACCGCCGCUCUCCGCCCCAGCCAGUGCAGGAUGAUGGGCGCUCCGUGGCUCUUGCUGGCCGCCCUGGCCCUGGCCGCCGGCGCGGCGCUGGCCAAGGACCGGCCCCCGCGGCUGCUCGGGGGGCUGGUGGACGCCGAGGAGAACGACGAGGGGGUGCAGCGGGCGCUGCGCUUCGCCAUGAGCGAGUACAACAAGGCCAGCAACGACAAGUACCGCAGCCGGGUGGCCGAGGUCAUCCAGGCCCGCAAGCAGAUUGUGUCCGGAAUCAAGUACUAUCUGAAUGUUAAGGUUGGCCGGACAACUUGCACAAAGUCAUCAACGGAUGUUCAGGACUGUGAAUUUCAUUCAACACCAGAGCUGGCUAAGCACAUCACUUGCAACUUCGUAGUGUACACUGUUCCUUGGCUAAACAAAAUUAGCCUACUGGAAAAUAAAUGCCAAUAAGCACCUGUUUGUUCCCGCGCACGUCGGCAACCAGUUGUUGUAGGUUUGCUGUUUUUAAAGCAAUAAUCUGAAUUACCCUCUCGAGGUGGAUUUCCGUCCAUUGCUCUUAACUCCAAUGCUUAUGUAUACUUGUGCUAUGCAAGUAAAGCUCUAUAACCUUCCUUUGAAGCACAAUCGAAUGUUUUUUGUUUCUUACCUAUAAUUACUUUGUUCCUCCAGUCUGUCCUUUCAAAUAAAACAUUAACCUAACUCGUCAACGGCAGAGGUUUUGAGAAAUGUUUGUGUCCCUGUUACAGAGACUGACAGAAAUAAAACUAAUUAAUGAGUGCCA